AUGGCGGACCAGUUCAAACCCCGGACGAUGAAACGCAAGAAUGUCAAAGGUCUUGCGCUCAAUGCGGCCCCGAAACCCGCCGCCAACACCUCUGACGGCGAUGCUCAGGUCCCUGGGGCGAUUGGAAAUAGCGAAAGCAGCCGGACGGAUACCCUGGAAAUCGGCCUGGAGUUCCGACUAGAUCUCCGCAGCGAGGACUUGGUGACUUUGAAAGAGUUGGGCGCUGGAAAUGGAGGCACGGUUUCAAAGGUGAUGCACGCAUCGACCAAGGUUGUGAUGGCUCGAAAGAUUAUCCGCGUCGAGGCCAAAGAGAACGUGCGGAAGCAGAUUCUACGAGAACUCCGAGUCGGACAUGACUGCAACUGCCCUAAUAUUGUGACAUUCUAUGGCGCGUUCCAGAAUGAGGCGAGAGAUAUUGUCCUGUGCAUGGAAUACAUGGAUUGCGGAUCCCUUGACCGUGUCUCCAAAGACUUUGGUCCCGUUCGGGUCGAUGUGCUGGGCAAGAUUACCGAGUCCGUGUUGGCUGGUCUUGUCUACCUGUACGAAGUGCACCGCAUUAUGCACCGAGACAUCAAACCGUCUAAUGUCUUGGUCAACUCUCGCGGAAACAUCAAGCUCUGUGACUUUGGUGUCGCUACUGAGACUGUUAAUUCGAUCGCCGAUACUUUUGUGGGAACUUCAACAUAUAUGGCCCCGGAGCGAAUCCAGGGAGGCGCCUACACCGUCCGAUCCGACGUUUGGAGUGUGGGUCUGACGGUCAUGGAGUUGGCUGUAGGAAAAUUCCCAUUCGAUCACUCCGACCCAGCCGCUGGAAAUCGCGCUAGUACGGGGCCGAUGGGUAUUCUUGACCUGCUCCAGCAGAUUGUUCACGAGACUGCCCCCAAGCUGCCUAAGAGUGAUGCCUUCCCACCCAUUCUGCAUGACUUUGUCGGCAAGUGUUUGAUGAAGAAGUCCGAGGAACGACCCACUCCUCGAGAGCUUUACGACAAGGACGCCUUCUUACAAGCGGCCAAACGCACACCUGUUGAUCUGCAGGAGUGGGCUAUCAGCAUGAUGGAAAGACAUAAUCGUAAAUCGUAUCUAGCACCACCAGCACCCAAAUCCCUCAAACCCGAAGGCACCAGUACACCCACAGCAAGCACUUCGUCGGCCGCAAUGCCGACCCCCACAGCUGCAAUGCCAGCUCCUCCGAAGCCCGCCCCUAUCAGCAAAUCAGUCCGCCCUCCUCACCCUCAACAAUCUCCCUAUCACCAGACACCCACGUCGGGUGAAAUUCCUCUCAACAUCGCCAACGAUGCCAAUCGUUACUACAAUCCUCCCCAGCAGAGCCAUCACUACUCUUCGUCGCGCUCCGCACGUUCCCCGCCACCUCCAUCUUUAGAGCACCUUUCACUGGAAACCAGAAUGGACGACGAUCGCUCCAGCCGGCGCCCGACUCGUCAUAUGGGGGAUCCGGUGUCUGCUGUCGAUGCCCCUUCCCGACCGUUCAUGAGUCCACGGUCUAUCAGCUCAAACAACAAUAAGCCCCAAACCAACCUGAUCCCUGGGUCCUUGCCAAUCCGACCUGCACCCCCAACCGGGCCCCCUCCACCUGCCCCUGUCUCUACUGGAGGCUGGCGAGGUUACCCCAGUCAUAUGCCGGGAGCAAACUCCUAA